GAAGAGAGAGAGAGAGAGAGAAGAGAGAGAGAGAGAGAGAGAGAGAGAGAGAGAGAGAGAGAGAGAAGAAAAAAAAAGAAAGAAAGAGACAGUAAUUAGACAAACUGCACUACCUCAGUGAAGUCGUGAACGAGGGAGAAUUAAAGGAGAAUUAAAGGAGAAUUAAGGAAUUGAAGAGUCGCCAUCUCGCUACCGACAUCGGGGGUAGCAAUCGACGCCCUCGCGUCUAUCAGCGUGGAACACCGUGGCCUUCCGUCGGUCUUUGCAGGCCGCGAAGAAACGGGUGUCGCUCCCUUGCAACGUCUGGAUCCGUCCCGUCUCCCGAAGACACGGUGACCAGCUUUGCGGCUCCUGACGAGGUAGAUCUGCAGGUCGGCCGAGUGCGGGAAGGGCGGCGCUGGUCAACGGCUCGGCGGCAGGACGUGUUGAGCGCCGUCGUAUCAGACGCGAUGACCUGUCAUUCAUGCAUCUGCGUCAGGAGCUCCGAGCCCUGAGCGGCAUCUCCUAAUAAUGGGCGGCCUCCCGCUCAGCCUGUUCCUCUGUCUGGGUGGUUAGAUGUCAGGAUGGAUAGCAAUAUCUAUACCAUAGUGAGAGCGGGGACUUCCUGUUGGGAUUUGAUUGAAGUGACUUCGCACCAUGCCAUUUCUAGGAACCUGGAUAUCUUAACCUGUGAUUCAGAAUGCCUUGAUACAAUCAAAUCAGUGAAGCCAAGGAAAAAAUUUAAGAAUGAAGGUUUACAUUUCUGUGUUUUCUUAAAAGAGCUAAAGAGUUCAAAAACUUUCAGAUCAUCUUUUAUUAAUCGUGUCAUGUCUCAGAAUACGAGCAAGAAAAUUCACCCGACAAGAAAUAAAAAUGAUAUACCAAUUAUAAUCUUAUGGACAAUAAACGAUGGUGUACCACAUAUUAUUGACAAAGAGUGGUGUGUUCGCAUGAAUGAAUGUGCUGUUGACCGUCAGAAUCUAGACACAGUAAUGUCUUGGCUGUCAACGCUAGGAGGUGCCUGCUCAGCCCUAGGUGAUUAUGACACACAGUUUGCAAAGAGGGCAGGUGAAAUAUCUGUGAAGCAAAUGGAAAUUGCCCUGCGUCUUGGUGACCCGUUUGUGAUGUCUCGAUGCCGUCUUUAUUUAGCUAUAUCUAUGAUCCAGCAACGAAGAUUCAAGGGAGCCUCGGCAAUUGUGCGAUAUGAGUACCACAACGCUCACACCUUACCCAAAGAGGCAAGAGAUCACCGUCUUAUCAAAAUGUGUCACGGAAUAUGGACCAAGUUGAGGCACGAGAGACGAUUGCACAGACUUAGUACAAAGAUUAAUUCUAGUCGGACUGUUUAACUUUGUUCGUUGUGACCAGGGAAGAGAUUAGUUUUGCUGAGAAUGUUGAAAGAUUGGUUGUGUUGUUUCGGGUACUGGCUAGAGACUCUGUGAUCCCAAUUUUUUUUUUUUUCUUUCUUUCUUUUUCUAUCUUUUUCUCUUUUUCUAUCUUUCUCUCUUUCUUUUUCUAUCUUUCUCUCUUUUUCUUUCUUUCUUCCUUCCAGCUCCCCAUACUCUUCCUAUAUUACUAGAUUUUUUGUGUGCAGUUUUUUGUCUUAUAGUUACCACACGCUCCAGCUUUUGCAGUGAACGGACUAGACUCAGGUAGUAUGUUUGAAAUUAUUUUACGUUUUGAGAAAAGGGGCACUAGAGAAUAAUGUUUUCUUUGCAUUGCUGUUUCAUAGACAGGCAUUUUCGAUGUAGAAAAGUUAUUUUAACCCAAAGUCUCUGGGAAAAUGUUGUGUUCACUGUAGUAUUGUUUCGUGAAAUGUCUCUGCACAGAUAUGGCUGAGCAAGUGCUUAGCCACAAAGGAGUCAAUUAGUAAACCUUGAGACCUUACCUGAUUUCACCUUUCCUCGAGUCUGUGGGAAAAACAUGUUUUUUUUUCACUAAUGCUGUCAAUAUCAAUCCUGUUAUUUCUAUUAUAGGCAUUAUAAUUAUUAUAGUCUUAUUGACAUUAGCAAGAACUAUAUGAGAAACCAGAAAUUAUUUUUGGAAGUCAAGGAAGAGGGUAAUCAGGUGAGACAGGUAGGCUCAUUGGCAAUUUAGCACUUAUGGAGCCAUCUAUGUGUAAAAACAAUUAAUUAAACUCACAGUGAGUUUGGCAUGUAUGUACGUGCCUUCCCCGGUGGCUUGGGGUUGAGUUAAUUUCUUUUCUUGUGUGUAAAUAUGCAUAAAAAUAAUAUCUCGUCCUAUUUUUCACUACUAUAAUGCUCGAGGAAUUAGUUAGUAAUUUGCUGUGACGUUUAGCGUACAUUUUUAUUUUCUGAAGUUUGUCCGAAAAAUAAUGUGCUUUCAGUAGUGUCUUACGAAUUUUUCGCAACUUUUUAAUGUAAUUUCUGAAGACAUUCUCGGAAGAAAAUAUCACACAAAUAGUUUGUAAAUACUUGAAUUGAAAAUAUUCUAAAGUAUUACGUGUUCCUAAUUUGCAUAGUAAAUACUUACACAUGUCUUAUCUUUAUUUUUCUAGAAGUCAUUCACAGACUUUAAAUAUUCAGUAUUUUUGACUCAAGAGGUGACAUCACUGAAUGCCAGAUAGUUUACCACCAAAGGAACAAAAUUAAAUGCAAAGUUAGCCAGAGUUAGUCAAAAACGAAACUAAAGGCAUCUGUUAAAAUCAUCAGAAUACGAGGAUUAGGUCGUAGAAGAAUUAAUUAGAUAACAAGUGAAGCGAACUAGAUGCUGCUGCAGUAGGUGGUAUUUCUUUUUGCCAUUAAUGGUCCAAAAAUAAGUAAAAGCACUAAAGACAGCAUGCUUUGAUAUGCGCAAAGUACCGGACAUUCAUUUCAUAAGCCCUCUUCAGCAGCUGAUUCAAUAUUACAUUUGUCUGCUUGAGGGAGGCAAUGUUACGUUUUCUACUUUUUUGUGAAUGGACGGGAGAUGCCAGAGGGUUACCAGAAAACUUAUGGCAACUCGAGCACCACGUCUUAUCCCUUACCUCUUGCCAGCCAUUGACAUUUAAUGCAUGAGGACAGAGAUGCUGUACCUAUUGACUGUAGCCACAACUCGUCACCACAAUUUUUCGGAGUAAACCGGCAAAAAAUGGGCCUACCAGUGAGCGUUGUUUUGUACUCUCUAGCCUGGAACAAGUUUUACUGUUCUUGCUUUUUCUUUUUGGUCAUGCUUAUUACCCUUUUUUUCUACUGUAUUUUUAUAUGUGAUUUCCUAAAUUGUUAAACUAAUACAGAUCCAGACAUUUUGUUAUGAUAGAAUUUGUGCAUUUGUAAGAUUUUUUAUAUCCUUUUUUCUCUCUACAGCAUCUUUAAUAAAUACACUUCAAAA